AUGCUUCCCAAAAUAUCCUCCCGAUUCUCUCCAAACCUUCAUGACUAUAUUCUACUCGCCUACUUGGUCCUCUUCAUCAUCUCUGUGCUGGGAUUGCUCUGUCAGAUCAUCUUCGGCGAGCCUAAUCUGCAACUCGCCUAUCUUCUCUUCGCCCUAUUCAUUUUCUUCUCCAGUCUAGUCAUCUUUGCAAUCAUCUACCUCUUCUACAGUAUCCUAGAACGGAUACAUAACAAAUGCAAUACUGGAAUCGAGAGACAAUGCAAACUAGAUAUGUUGCUAGGGCUCUCUGGAAGUUGCCUAGCUGGAAUUGUGCCGAGAUACAUGGCGUUUUAUUUCGAAAAUGUGCCGAGGCAUCCUUUUGGCUCCGCCUACUUCGCCUUCAUCUCCCUCUUCACCAUCCUUCUCCUCCACUACCUAUUCGUCUUCCCAGCCAAAAUCCACAUCUCCACAAAAGCCAAUCGUAUAAUUUCCUGGCUCCUUGCCCUCAUCAAUCUUCUAGUUUUAAUCUGUACAACCCAUCUAGCUAUAGGAUAUGACACCCCCAAGAUAUAUGGAGUCUUGGCGUGUGAAAUCGGGUUUUCAUUGAUCUGUGCAAGUUGUGUGAUUGAGUUGGUAAGGGUGAUGAGAGGACGUGUCGAGAUGAAGAAGGAAGCCGAGGAAUCGGAGAACUUGAAUACUUCGAAGGAUGUGAACACUCCGGAGGAAUGGGUGCCAAAGGUUGUGAUUGUGACGAAACCAGCUGCUGAGCCAUCGGUGGUACCAAUGUGA